AUGGUUGCCAUCGCUCGUUCCUUCGGUGCCGCCCGCGUGGCCAGCCGCAGCCUCACCACCGCUGCCAUUGACUUUUAUCCUGCAGCCCGCCCCCAGAACAGCCUCGUUGCUGCCCGCUCCGCUUUCCGCAACAACGCUGCCCGCAACGUCAUCCAGAAGCGUGGCAUCGUCGCCGAGUCCACCGCUGCCGCCAUGGUCGCUGCCGCUAAGAUCCAGGGUGCUGGUCUCGCUACCAUCGGUCUUGCCGGCGCUGGUGUCGGUAUCGGCACAGUUUUUGGUGGCCUCAUCCAGGGUGUCGCCCGCAACCCUUCCCUCAGGGGUCAGCUCUUCCAGUACGCCGUUCUCGGUUUCGCCUUCGCUGAGGCUACUGGUCUCUUCGCCCUCAUGAUGUCCUUCUUGCUCCUCUACGUUGCAUAG